AAGUGCAAAACUCCACCGUCCUGCCGUCUUCCGCUGCCGUGCGGCGCACUGGGGUUCUUCCGCGCGUGGGGAAGAACGAUGAGCUCGGUCUCGGACCCGCCGACGAACGGUGACCCUCAGCCGCCACUGGCGGAGAUGGAGGGCACCGGGGCUCAAGUCGAAGAGGUGGACUCAGGCGAGACGAUGGACGGAGUCGCGUCCAUCGCGUUACUGCCCUCCGGCGCCAUCUCCGGCCAUUUCAUCCGCCUCCCGGACUCCGUCUGCUACGGUCUCCAGGGCACACCGAUAUCUUGUGAGAGGGAAUGCAGCAGAGGGGAAGAUUACCGCCUGAUAAAACUUUCCAUAAUAGAUUUUAAGAACAAGCGAGAGAAGGUGGUUGUGGUGGAAUGCAGGGGCCAUGAUGCUGCUCGGUUGCAAAACAUUGACCAUCUGCAUGGUUGGGAAGAUGACAUUGUUGGUUUGGUUGAAAAGAAACAUGGGAAUCAGAAGUUCUCGAUCUCUUUCGAAUGUGAGACACUGAAGGCUGACAAAGCUGCAGAAGAGCACAUUAGCAAGUAUAUGCCAAAUCUAAAUGGAUUGGAUGCAAUUGUAAAUAUAGGGAAAAUGAACAUCUCUGGCAUCAAUCUCGACGAUGAGGAUGAACCAAGCCGGGACAACUAAAAGCAGAGGCACAUUUGUCAGGGUGUGCUGGUGUGCUACUGUGGUAGCAUUGUUGGCUGGUCCUUGUUCUGCUCCCCCUUAGGUCGCUUUUGAAUCCUCGAAGAGAGCGUGACUGUGUAGUUACCAUCAAACUCCAAAAUUGCACCCAUUACCUUGGACAGUUGUCUGACACUCUCGGUAACCUGCUAGGUCGAAGUGGUUUGUGGAAUUGUGUGUAGGAUGUUUCAAGUAAAGUGUUUAUCGUAAUUUCAGUAGCUGAAUCUGACAUAAACCCUGGAGGAGGGAUCGUACACUUCGGUUUGAUUCUGGUAGGAAGUGCAGUCCUUAUCUCAUGCAGCUGCCACUACUAUUUGCCAUGCUUGUACGGGCAUAUUGAGCAAUGCUUUUCUGGUUAUGCCCCUUCAAUUCUGUUGCGACCGUGAGCUCAUGAAUGGGGUCCGGGCUACGGCCGGGGCUCACCCUGGCUUCGCACAUGGCUUGUGUUCUUGUGCAGGAAACCAAGGAACAAGCGUAUCUGCCGAGGAUUCAAGGAUCAGCAGUGGCAGUAUCCAAUUCACUUAGGGCAUGUUUAAUGGGCUUCAUCUCAUGUUACGUCAGCAACAAGAGUCUAUAAUACGUCACGUCAGUAACAAGAGUUUAUAAUACGUAUAAAGAUAGUCAUGUGUAGUUUCUUUAUUAAUGUAAUAAAAUAUUUUUUA